UUGUUAUCGUUGGGAUGUUGAUUAUAUAUUAACAAUAGUUAGAUUCAAAUAAACGGUGAACUAAUACAUCGGAUGUGCAACCAUUUCUUCGUAGCUUUUGUAUCUCAUCAACGUCACAUCAGAAAUAAAGAUGCACAUGCUAUAUAAUACGUGGUAUUACUGAAUAUGGCGCGUUCCACCAACGCCCUUAUUGCGCAACAGUGUUCCAUAAUUAAUGGCGGCGUACCGCGGGGUGGAAAGAGAAAAUUUAACAAUAUAAUUGCGGAGCAAUUGUUGUCACUAAAUAAUAGUGAUAGUCUCAAUGUAUAUGACCCUCGUGUUGAGCGGUGGCCAUCAGAAUCGCAACCAGUGACUCGCAGCGAGCGUCCGAAGGCGCCGGCACCAAGGCCUCAAAAGAAGGCAUCAACGGCUUCAUCUAAGUCGAGUAACAGUAAUUUUUUGCAACUACUAACGGGGGACGCGGUUUCUGAGGGAACUGCGUCUAUGAGCGCGCAGUCAAGAUUACGUCAACAGAUAGCGCAGACAUAUGUAAUGAAGUGCCUUGGAGGCUUUAAAUAUUUGGAAGGCAAUUCAUUUGACAAUUUUGUUGUCGCGACUCUCCCGCGUCAUGACCCUCUUAGCAAUUUUAAACCCACUUAGCUACAUUUACAGUGUCGGU